UUUUUUAAAUUAAUUUUAUUAUGGAAGGUUCGAUUAGCAAUAUAAGGUUAAUAACCUUGAUUGUGCUAAUGCUAGCUGCCUCCUCAUCCCAUGGUAUCAUUCUCAAGUUUAUGGAUACCGUUGAAGUUGAUGGCGAACCAUUUGAGCACCCAUUUUUCCAGACACUGGCAAUGUUUAUAGGAAAUUCAUUUUGAAUGCUCAUUUAUCUCUACAUUAAAAGGCAAUCUAUUCAAAAAUAUGGUUCUAUAGAAGAGAGUCCGACAAUGAGAAGAGCUAUUGCAAGUGGACUAAAAACCAAGAUUAACCCAGCUAUCUUCGUAAUCCCAAUGCUUAUCGACGCAGCAAGUUCUACGAUGUUCUAUUAAUUG